CAUUCGUCCUCUCGCUCCUUCCUCGUUGUGAAUCUUUGCAGUCCCUUCCAUAGCACCUACUCUCAUAGUACACUCAAUAUCGGGCCUAGGUUAAGACCGCAUCGUCUACAACAUCACAUCCUCAACCACAUCGUCCACUUGACUGGAUUUUGGCUCUCAACACCAUUGAGCCGUCGCAACUCGGACCCACACAAAACACAACCAACCACUAUGGCGGAGGUUGAGAUAGCAAACGAGACCAUCAGAGAGCUUCACCCAGCUUGGGACGCUGCUCUGGUGGUCGCCAACGAGAAGUCGCGCAAGAAAUUUCUCGUUUCUUCUCAAGUUCUGAGAAUCACUUCCGAAUAUUUCAACGCCCUUUUCACUCGUGGUUUCCAGGAAGGCAUCAAGACCAAAGAUGGAUCGAAGCCAGACAUUCAUCUGCACGAAGAUAACCCGGAUGCAAUGGAUGUUAUUCUUUCCAUUCUUCACUACUCUUAUAAUAGCGAGUGGUAUAAAAUGAGCGCUGAGCGUUUUGCGGACAUUGCUACCCAUUGCGAUAAGUAUUGCUGCACUAUGUCGCUCACGCCGUGGAUGGAGAGAUGGCUUGCCAACUUCAACCGCACUAUCGAUCUUCGAGAUAUUGGGCACCUCUUGGUGGCCACUUCCAUCAUUGGAGAAUCACAGGCUUUUGAGAAGAUUUCGCGAUUAGCUGUGCUACGACUGCCUCUCGACUUUGACUUCAGCUCUUGGCUUGGAGACCAGUCGUCGGUCAAUCUUUCGGAAGAUGUUAGCAACUACAUAACUUCGAAGAUGAAGGAAGUUACCCAGCGCCUAUAUUCUCUCUUGCAGAACACAGUGUCAGACUUGGUGGCAAACCAGUCCGACAUCGGCUGGAUGCACAGUUCCCGCUGCCGCAAGUGCUUUCUCAUUUACGAAAAGAGCCGGUCAUCAAAGUGCCCAGACUGCCCGUCAGUCGAAGGUGAGCAGCCCGGCGCCAGAGACUACCAAGUCUUUUGCUGCUGGGAAACACGCGUCGCAGAGUGCACGCUUAUCUUGACGAAGCAUCAGCUCUACCCGAAUGAGAAGGCCUGGCGAAAGUGUACGAUUGGCGAGAUAGUCCGCCGAUUCAACAUGGUCCGAGAGACACGCACUCACAAAUGUGUGUUUGAUCAGCAAUGUCCUUUGAGGCAGCGAUUGAGAGAGCUGGAUGAGGCGGCAGUCGAUGUUAUUGGAAGCAUUCAGGGUCAAAAAUUAAGUUCUCUCGUCACGGACAAGCCCAGCACUAACUUCGAUGAUGAUGGCAAGGGUGAGGGCCAGGUUGACGCCAGUUAAGACUGGAAGGCUUGGGGCGGCUGCUACACUUAACUAUCUCUUCUGAGCCGGAUUUAAUCGCUCGCCGUUUGGGCCUUGAGCGUUGACUUUGAUAUUAAAAGGGCAGUUCAGCGGUAAAGCGAAUGAGAUUCGAACAAUUUUCGUUGAAACUUCUUUGAACGAAUUGUAGAUGAAGAUGCCACAAAGCUCACGGUUCUUGCGAUUCCGUUCUCCUCUCUGUCUUUCCUAAUAUUUCUCCUGAAACCCAGCAAGCAACGAGGAGAGAAGAGACAGCCUCCGCAU